AUUGUGGACCCCGGCCUCAGUCCCUUGGAGCAGGAAUAAGCCAACAUGGACUGGGGUACCCUACACACUUUCAUCGGGGGUGUAAACAAACACUCCACCAGCAUUGGAAAGGUAUGGAUCACCGUCAUCUUCAUUUUCCGUGUCAUGAUCCUUGUAGUGGCUGCUCAAGAAGUGUGGGGUGAUGAGCAGGAAGAUUUUGUUUGCAACACUCUGCAACCAGGAUGCAAAAAUGUAUGCUAUGACCACUUUUUUCCUGUGUCCCACAUCCGGCUGUGGGCUCUGCAACUCAUCUUUGUCUCCACCCCGGCCCUGUUAGUAGCCAUGCAUGUUGCCUACUACAGACAGGAGGCCGCCCGCAAAUUUAGGCGAGGAGAGAAAAGAAAUGAAUUCAAAGACUUAGAAGACAUUAAAAAGCAGAAGGUUCGGAUAGAGGGGUCCCUGUGGUGGACGUACACCAGCAGUAUCUUCUUCCGAAUCAUCUUUGAAGCAUCCUUUAUGUACGUGUUUUACUUCCUUUACAAUGGGUACCAUCUGCCUUGGGUAUUGAAAUGUGGGAUUGACCCUUGCCCCAACCUUGUCGACUGCUUUAUCUCUAGACCUACUGAGAAAACUGUGUUUACCAUUUUUAUGAUUUCUGCGUCUGUGAUUUGCAUGCUGCUUAAUGUGGCCGAGUUGUGUUACCUGUUGCUGAAAGUAUGUUUUAGGAGAUCAAAAAGAACACAAACACAAAGAAAUCAUCCCAAUCACGCCCUAAAAGAGAGUAAGCAAAAUGAAAUGAACGAGCUGAUUUCAGAUAGUGGUCAAAAUGCCAUCACAGGCUUUCCCAAUUAAACAUUUCAAAGCACAACAUAGCUGACUCAUAACAAAAGUGGUGCCUUCUCCUGAAGGCAAUGCCUAUCUAAAAAUCUCUCCCAUAGGCUGAAGACUGUCUUUAUAAGUGCUUUCAUAAUACAUAGAUACUUGAGUUAACAUUUUGUAGAAUAAUUGUUCCAUUAAUAUGCAGCAAAAUCAAAUAUGUGGUCUAUCUCUGAAAACUAAGAAAGGAUUACAACUGUGCCUUGAAGUAACUUUAACAUGUUAUGUGGACUGUCUGACAUACUAGGUAUUUCCUGAAAAUUUAAACGUGUAAUUGUUGUUGAUAAAAAACAUUUACAUAGAAAUUAUACUUUGAUUAGUAAAAGAUAUUUUUAUAGGAUUGAAUGUUUUAGUUCUGACUUUGAAUUUAUAUAAAGUAUUUUUAUAAUGACUGGUCUUUCUUACAUGGGAAAACAUACGAUGUUAGUUUUAUAAUUAUGCCAUAAGUAUCUAAAAUUUGAACUUACAAAAGAUAUAUCUUAUUGUAAAUAGUGUUUUGCAUUGUCUGUUGACAAACUUAUGAACUAUCAUGAUACUCUUAAGGUGGAAAUUGUUCAUUGUAUAAAAUAUUUUAUUGCUUCCUGAAUGUAGACAGAACUGUAUGGAAGUAGGAAGCUUUUUAAAACUAGACACGUUGCAAUCAUUGUGAACAGCUGACAUGAAUGUGCUAACCUCAAUAAAGAUUAGCCCCAUUGCUUAUGCCUUCA